CUAAGCCAAGCAUGAUCGCGUUGCAACACCGCGCCGCUCGCAGCUGUAUUUGACUGUCACUCCUUUGCUUCUUUCCUGGCUGUAUUGCAUGGUUGUGGCUCCUUUAAUAUACUAAACGCAACUGAGCGCCGCUGAAAUGGCGUCAGAAGAAAGCCAGGGUGCAAAUGGCGCCAACCUGCCGCUCAAUAGUGUUAUUGAAGUGUCGGGGGAUGACGAGGAGGGCUUCAAGGGCAGCUGGAGCAGGGCCGCGCUGGUUGCUGAUGGACUGUUUACCGUGAAAGUUCAGUUCACUGAGUUCGUCGACGACAAGGGCUUGGCGCUGGUAGAAGUGGUGGCGCGCGCCCGCAUUCGCCCCGCCCCGCCCCCGGAGCUGUCCCGGUUCGCGUCGAUGAAGGACGUGCAGCUGGGCCACACCGUGGAGGUGCGGCGCGACGACGUGUGGUGGAAGGGCGCGGUCGUGUACAUCGCGACAGCGGGCGUGCACGUCAACAUGUACGAGUCCGACGGCUCCGUCACAUUUGAGCGCGACCCCCGCAACCUGCGCCCGUGGGUGGAGUUGCGGGAGGACGGGUGCUGGCACCGGGCGGUGCCGGCCAAGACGGUGCUGCGGAAGAUCGGGCUCACGGUGGAGGAGGCGGAGGAGGCCAUUCAGGCUUUGUCUGCCGUUACGCCGGUACGCAACGGCCCGCCGUUGAUGCGCACCGGCUCCGCGGCCGUGCUCACAGCGGCGGCGCCCGCCGGGCUCCUGCUGCUGGGAGCCGGCGGCGCCGCGGCCGCCUCUGCCGCAGCUGCUGCGGCCCUGAAGGCGAGCCAGACCGGCAAGGCACGUAACGCCAACAGCCCCUGGGCCAAGCGCGCCGCGCGAGCGGCCGGGGCCGCUGGCACCACCAGCGAGGCUGCAGGAACCACCGCCGGCGGCGCUGCCGGCACCGCCACGGGCGGUGCGGUCCGACUGGGUGGCUUGGGUGGGCGCCUAGGCGGCAUGGGCGGCCUGACUGGCGUGAAGCGGCUCAGAACGGAGGAUGCGUCACCAGGGCAGGCGCCACUGCCGAUGCGGUCGAUUGCGCCGGCUGUGAACGACACAGCUGCCCCGACCGCUGAUGAGGCAGACGCAAAGGCAGAGCUGCAGGUGGAGGUGGAGGUGGAGCCGGAGGGACAGGCUGUGGAGGUGGAGGCGGAGGCAAAGGCGGAGCCGCACCAGCAGCAUUCGCAGGAGCAGAUGCAGAAGCAGCAGGAGGAGCGGCCGGGGCAGGAGGCGCUCCCGCUUGGCGAGGCGCCGGCGCAGGGCACGUCAGAGGGAGCGGACGCCACAUCCGACCGCCCACCGCAGCAGGAGGGGCAGGAUGUGGGGCAGGAGCCCGCCGCGGCAGCGGAGGCCAACGGAGGCGUGCCGGAGGGGCAGGAUGCAGGCGGCAGCACCGGCAACGGCGCAGCGGAGCAGGUGCUAGGUAUCGGGGCAUCCCGGCCACGCCGCGAGGGGAAGGCGCGUGUCGUUUACGUGGACGGCGUACCCGUUCUCAAGGAGAACAUGUACGGCAUCAACGACCUGAGCAUGGAGGACUGGAAGAACAAAUUUAAGCAGGGCCAGGCCGACCUGAGUAACGUGGCGCUCCAGCCGCCGCCGCCCCCCGCCGCCUCGCGCCCCGCCAAGCCCAAGCCCGUCGCGGCCGGGCCGCGCGUGCACCCGCCCGAGUACCUGGCGCGGCAGGAGCACAACAACGCCAUCCGCCGCGACAUGCAGGCCUGUGCGCUAUCCCGCGCCCGCUACCUGGACACGCACCUGGACGCGCUCCGGCCCUUCAUCACGCCCGCCGUGGCGGCGCGCAUCCAGGCCGACGCGGCGUCAGGCGGCGAGCUGCCGCCGCCGCCGCCGCCCGUGACGCAGCAGCCGGAGGAGAUCCUGGCGUCGCUGCGCGAGUACCAGCUGGAGGGCCUGGCCUGGAUGGUGGAGCAGUUCGAGCGCGGCGUCAACGCCAUCCUGGCCGACGAGAUGGGGCUGGGCAAGACGCUGCAGACCAUCACCUUCCUGGCGCACCUCAAGUACGUGCGGCGGGUGGAGGGGCCGCACCUGGUGGUGGUGCCGCUGUCCGUCAUGUCCAGCUGGAUGAGCGAGUUCAAGCGCUGGUGCCCCACGCUGCGGGUGGUCCGGCUGCACAGCGUGGACGCCGAGGAGCGCAAGCGCCUGGUCAAGCAGGUUCUGGGCACGCCCAGCUCCUUCGACGUUGCCGUUACCACCUACGACAUGAUCAACAGCCAGCACUUCGGCAACAGCCUCAAACACCACCUGGUGUGGCGCUACCUGGUCCUGGACGAGGGCCACAAGGUGAAGAACGAGGAGACACGCAUCAGCGACGGCAUGAGGCACAUCGCGAGGCAGCAGGUGCUCAUGCUCACGGGCACGCCGGUGCAGAACAACCUGCACGAGCUGUACGCGCUGCUGUCCUUCAUGUACCCGGACGUGUUCACCGACCCCUCCCGCUUCGACGCCGCCUUCAACCUGGGCGCCGGCCGGGUGGACGCCGCGGCGCUGGGCGCGGCGCACUACCUGCUGCGGCCCUUCAUGCUGCGCCGCCUCAAGGAGGAGGUGGAGAUUGCGCUGCCGCCCAAGGUGGAGACGCGCAUCCACUGCCCUCUGGCGGCCAUGCAGACGUUCUGGUACCGCCGCCUGCUGCUGCGCGACAGCCGCCUGCUGGCGGGCAUGGAGGCGGAGGAGGAGGAGAAGGAGCGCCGCAAGCAGGAGGCGACGGCAGCUGGCGGGGAGGAGGCGGAGGCGGGGGCAGCCGGGUACGGGCAUGGGCACACGCACCACCAGCGCCAUAGCCACGAGGUUGUGGCCAAGCCGGCGGACGGCGAGGAGGGUGCGGGCGGCAGCGGCGCGGCCGACGGCUCCGGCUCCAGCGCGGCGUCCAGCUCGUGGAAGAAGGCCAUGAACCUGCUCAUGCAGCUGCGCAAGGUGUGCAACCACCCCUUCAUGUUCAAGGACGCGGAGCCGCAGUUCGACGGCGUCAGCGCACCCGAGGAGCUCAUCACAGGCUCGGGCAAGAUGCUGGUGCUGGACCGGCUGCUGUCCAAGCUCAAGGCGCGCGGGCACCGGGUGGUGCUGUUCAGCCAGUUCAACAUCAUGCUGGACAUCAUUGAGGACUACCUGGUGGCCCGCGGGCACAAGUACAGGCGGCUGGACGGCUCCACCAACCGCAUCAAGCGCAUGAUCGACAUCGAGCAGUUCAACAAACCCAACUCCGACAUCUUCAUCUACAUCCUGUGCACGCGCGCCGGCGGCCUGGGCGUGAACCUGCAGACCGCCGACACGUGUGUGCUGUUCGACAGCGACUGGAACCCGCAGUGGGACCUGCAGGCCAUGGCGCGUGUGCACCGCAUCGGCCAGACCCGGCCGGUGCACGUGUACCGGCUGGUGAGCGAGGGCACCGUGGAGGACCGCAUCCAGGCCCGGGCUGAGGGCAAACUGUACCUGGACCAGAUGGUGAACCGCGGCUCCACCGCUGCGGCCCAGCAGCUGGAGGGGCUGCACACCUCCGAGGUGCUGUCCAUGCUGCGCUUCGGCGCCGACCGCAUCUUCCGCAACGAGGCGGGCGCGCUGCCCAGCGAGGAGCAGCUGGACGCAAUCAUGGACAGGUCCAAGAUGAUGGCCGAGGCGGCGGCGGCGCGGGAGGCCAAGGCCCAGGCCGCCGCCAACGGCGGCGCCGGCCCCGGCGGCCACCAGCCCGCGGCCGCGCACGCUGACGCCGUCGGCGACGUCAAGAUGGCGGAGCCGGAGCAGCCGCCGGCACAGAUGGAGGCGAAGGCGGAUGCCCAGGCGGAGGUGGAGGCCGUUGCGCAGCGCAAAGCGUCGGGGGCGCUUCCCAGCGGCAGCGGGGCCGGCGAGGGUGCGGAGGCGGCAGCGGCCCUGGUGGACGUGAAGCAGAACGCACUCGAGUUCAAGGCCGACCUGCCGCCGGCUGACACAUUCAUGUUUAUGGGCCAGGACUUCAAGGCACUGCGCGCGGAGGCGGAGUCGGCCUCGCUCAAGGACAUCGCCGGCCAGUACUGGGCGCACAAGGCCGCGGCCGGCGGCGGGGAGGGCGGCGGCGGCGGCCCCAAGCGCGCGCGCAAGGAGCGGCUGGUCAAGGUGGACGGCUAUGAUGUGCUCAAGGAGAACAACUACAGCAUGGAGGAGGGCAUGCUCCACUACCCCGGCCAGAAGCGCGGCCAGGCGGCGGCGGACGCAUGGCGGCGCAAGGUGCAGCGCGCGGGUGUCGACUUCGACCACAUGGACCAGUGUCUGGUGUGCUGGGACGGCGGCGACCUGUUGUGCUGUGACUACUGCCCCGGCGCCUUCCACCCCGAGUGCCUGGGGCUCACCGCGGCGCACAUGAAGGCGCUGGAGCGCAAGCGUUGGAGCUGCCCCCACCACACCUGUCGCAAAUGCGACCGCAAUACCGGCCGCGCGGGCGGGCUGCUGUUCAGGUGUGAGAUGUGCGAGGGGGCCUACUGUGAGGACUGCCUUCCGGCCAACUACCACAUGGUGGGCGAGAAUGAGCUGUUCAAGUGCCUGGGCCAGCGCCACCCCAACCAGGCCUGCUUCAUCCAUUGCGGAGACCGCUGCAAGGAGCUGUCGGUUGAGCUGGCAGCCAUUGUCGCAAAGGCUAAGGAGGACGCACUGGAGCGGGGAGUGCCCGCCGCCUCGGCGGAGGCGGAGGCCGCAGCGGCGGAGGCGGAGGCGGCCGCCCAGGCCAAGGCGGCGGCCAAGGCGGCCAAAGCCAAGGCCAAGGCCAAAGCAGAGGUGAUGGCCGUGGAGGAGAGCGAGGACGAGGACAGUGCGGAGGAGGAGGAAGACGACGAGGAGGACGAGGAGAGCGGCGAGGAGGAGGAAGCGGAGGAGCGCGGCGGCAGCAGCAGCGGCCGCGGGCGGGGCAGGGGUCGGGGGCGAGGGCGGGGCAGGGGCCGCGGCCGCGGCCGGGGGGAUGCCGGGCGAGACAAGCUCACAAAAGCUGAAAAGGCGCUGGGUGCGCGGGGCCGGGGUCGGGGGCGGCCUCCAGGCCGGGGGCGCGGGUCUGCGGCGACUGCGGCGGCGCCGCCGGCCAAGCGUGCCCGGACGUAGCGGGCAGGCUCGUAGGAGUAUUGUAGCAGCGUGUUUCGUGUGUUGGUGGGCGAGCAGGAGUGAGCGCGGGAGUGAUGCGGAGUCAUGUGGAUACCGGAUGGAUUCAGGCCACCCUUAUUUGGGUUGAUGGAUUCGCACUGCGUGGAGCGGCGCGCACCCUGGCGUGAAAACGCUUCGUCACUCAGGCGUGGCCUCAAACUUGACUUCCACGGGACUCAAGUUUGGAUAAGCUCCGACGUGG